AUGAGUCGCAUUAUUAUUUUACUUGGAAUUUUAUUGACCUUGGCAUCUUUCGUACGGUCAACUCCAUUGGAGUUACGAAAACGUCUAGACCCUCUUACCGGAUUUAAAAUGUGCGAUGGCAACUUUCCAAUCAUAAUUGAUACAUUCACCUAUAAUCCAAAUCCUGUUAUCCCUGGGCACAAUCUUGCUAUUAGGAUCGCCGGUGUAGCAAAUGAAGUUGUUGAAAAUGGUGCAAUACUGAGGUUUUAUCACGAUCAAGGCGAGAAUGUUGCAAGAGAAGCAGAUUUUUGUGAGGAAUUUGUUGAACAAAGUAAAUUCAUAUGUCCAAUUAAGGGUUAUUUCGACUUGACUUCUAUUAUCUUUUUGGAAAGUUCUCCAACUGAACCUAAAAACGUUUCAGUGAACCUAUAUACGAAAAUGAUACGUAAGUAA